CUUCAUAAACACCCUGCGUAUGUGUCUAGCCGUAGAAGAAGCGCUUUUAUCCUCCUCAGCAUCAGCACCAGCAGCGACGUCUUCUCCCCUCUCACGGUUAUUCUCUCCUCCUCUGCGGAACUCCGGCCUGUUUUCUGCGCAUCAUGGACAACUCCGGCAAAGAGAAGGAGGCCAUGCAGCUGAUGGCUGAAGCCGACAAGAAGGUCAAAGCGUCCGGAUCGUUCCUCGGAGGGAUGUUCGGAGGGAACCAUAAGGUGGAGGAUGCCUGUGAAAUGUACGCUCGAGCAGCCAACAUGUUCAAGAUGGCAAAGAACUGGAGUGCUGCGGGGAACGCGUUCUGUCAGGCUGCUCGGCUCCACAUGCAGCUUCAAAACAAACUGGACUCUGCCACCAGCUUUGUUGACGCGGGAAACGCCUACAAGAAGGCUGAUCCCCAGGAGGCGAUCAACUGUCUAAACCAGUCCAUCGACAUCUAUACCGACAUGGGUCGGUUUACUAUUGCAGCCAAACAUCACAUCACUAUAGCAGAGAUUUAUGAGUCAGAGCUGGUGGAUAUUGAAAAGGCCAUUGCUCACUAUGAACAGGCAGCAGAUUACUACAAAGGAGAGGAAUCUAACAGCUCAGCAAACAAAUGUCUUCUGAAGGUCGGACACUACAGCGCUCAGCUGGAGCAGUACCAGAAAGCAAUUGAGAUCUAUGAACAGGUUGCUAUGAGCACCAUGGACAACCCUCUGCUGAAGUACAACGCUAAAGAAUAUUUCUUCAAAGCAUCACUGUGUCACUUCAUAGUGGACGAGCUCAAUGCCAAACUGGCCAUAGAGAAGUACGAAGAGAUGUUUCCAGCCUUCUCAGACUCUAGAGAGCUUAAACUGCUUAAGAAACUCCUUGAAGCCCACGAGGAGCAGAACAGUGAGGCAUUCACAGAAGCUGUGAAGGAAUUUGAUUCCGUGUCCCGUCUGGACCAGUGGUUGACCACGAUGCUGCUCCGCAUCAAAAAGACCAUCCAGGGAGACGCCGGCGACUUGAAGUAGACAAAUACGGAGGACAUCAGAAAGGGAGAAAGUGAAGUUGCAGAAGGAAGAAAGGUCAAAGAGAGCGAGGCUUGGUGAUAAUGGUAGAAAGUGUGUUAAGGCGGACCAGAAUUAAAGGCAGAAAAAUUACAAAUAUGUACAUAUCAGUCUGCAUGUGACUCCCAAUCAAAUUUGCAUCACCUUCAAACCACUGAUAGAUGACCCUGUGCCCGUUCUACAGUGUUGCUCAGUAACAACAAACAGAACUGUACUUGCAGAGAAAUUGUGUGUGUGCAAAAGAGAAAAUGUGUGUGUCCACUGCAGUAAGGAAUUAUACUUUUGAUGAGGUGUGCAGGUGUGUUGAAACUGAAUGCUAUUUAAAAGAUUAUUCAUAUUUAUUGUCAAUACUGAAAAUAUAUAUUGUUUGUUGUGCUCAGUGUCACAGUUUGUCUUGAUAUUUUAGAUAUUAUUCCCUACGCUCCUCCUCUGUGUUCUCCAUCCUACUUUCAGCUUCACACCCUAUCCGAGUCAGUAAAAUCACUGAUUGUGAUUGAUUGUUUCCUGUGACGGCAGAGCAAUUAGCCACAAGAGCUAACUCCUGCUGCUGCCUUCUUUGUGCAUGUCUCUGUUGAUGUAAGUGUUCUCUGUGUUGUGGUAUCUAGUAAAAACAUCCUGUAUGUGUGAAGCAAAUAAAUACGUACCUCUGAUAUAAAGUUGAAAUAAAAAAUAUCAUCAUGCCAAA